AUGCUGUUUUAAUUGUAAAAAACCGAUGACGCCAUGUCACCGCAUGUACGUCUUAUAAUACUAUAGUUUUCAUAUGAUACGUAUUUCGUUCAUUCGUUUCGAAAUGUAGCGAGCUAAAAUCACGACAAUAAGUCCAUACCACCAAAGAUUAUGAUGUAUUACGAACACUCAUUCGUUAAUAAUAAUUAUCAACCCAUCGAUAAUAAUUAUUAGAGCGUUCUAUUGAACAAAAAUUAGAACUACAGUCGACUAUUUGAUAUUCUGAGGAUAAGUUGGUUUACUCAGUGAACGUCUAGUAAAAAUAAAACACACAGAUACUCAUCGGUAAUUCAGUAUUUAUAUAAUGGACAAGAGACUAAUGAAUAUCAGCAUAUUAGGCUUAGGUUUUAUGUUUGUAUUUACAUCAUUUUUUACCGUGAGCAAUAUCGAGAAAACAGUAUUAAAAAGUAUCGAAAAAGACGAUCCCUCAUUUACCGGCGACGGGUACACGAGUCUGUGUAUCAUAUAUGGUGUGUUUGCCUUGUGCAACUGGUUGGCACCAGCAAUAAUUGGCGCUAUUGGCAGCCGAAAAUCUAUUUACUUGGGAUCGACAUGUUACGUAUUGUUUUUGACGCCGUUCCUCUGGCCGUCCAAUUUUUUGCUGUACACCACGUCUGUGUUGCUGGGUUUCGGUGCGUCGAUUAUUUGGACUGGACAAGGCACAUACCUGACCAUGAAUUCGGAUUCGUCGACCAUAUCCAGGAAUUCGGGAAUAUUUUGGGCCAUGUCUAAAAUAAGCAUAUGCAUUGGAAACGUUUUUAUGAUAUUAAUGCUCCGUGACAAAGCUGGGCUGAACGAAUCCACCAGAAAGCUGGUGUUCACCGUACUGGCAGUGGUGUGUGGUUUUGGCACGCUUAUAUUGAUGGUCUUGCGUCCGUCCGUGGACGCCGAUGGCAAGGAAAACGAAGUGAACUUACAAAAACCAAUCAGCGUGAUUCCGAAACAAAUGUUGGGGGAUUCGAUGAGGCUUUUGAUGACAAAAGAUAUGCUCUUGUUAAGCACAUUGUUCAUGUUCAUCGGUUUGCACGUAUCGUUUUACAGUGGCGUGUACAGUUCAUGCAUCGCGUUCACAAAGUCUUUAGGCACUAACACCAAUCAACUGUUGGGCUAUACGGGAAUAUUGGUCGGGGUCGGCGAAGUCACAGGUGGUUUGCUAUGCAGCGUUUUGGGUAAAAGGUCUGAGAGAUCCAAUUCAAAACGCAUUGGGCUAAGUCGUUCGACCGUGAUAAUUAUCAGUUUUUUCAUCAACAUCGUAGCGUACGGUUUGAUCUUUGUCAAUCUACCAAAUGAUUCUCCAUUCGGCGAUACUUACUCCAAAUCUAUUAUCAAACCUAAUCAACACAUGGCCGUAUUUUGUGGGUUCCUCUUGGGUUUAGGAGACAGUGGGUUCACCACGCAAAUAUACAACAUAAUCGGAGUGAAAUACUCGAAUAACAGUGCUUCCGUCACGUCAUUAUUCAUGUUUAUGCAGGCAUCGUCAGCAGCCAUUAGCUUCUUUUACAGCAAUCAGUUUGGAAUCUACAUACAACUAAUCAUAUUGGCCAUAGUAAUGACCAUUGGCACUUUAUCGUUUCUCAAAGUAGACAAAUGUAUUACCGUUUAGUAGUAUAUUAUAAGAAUAAGAAUGAUGAUAUUUUUUAAUUGACCACACUUUACUUGCGUAUAUCAUCAAAUUAUUAUAAAAUACUUAAUGACUGCUUAUAUUUUAAUUAGAUUCUUAUACCCUGCAGGAUAAGAGCGACUACCAAUUAGUAGGUACUUACAUAAAAUCUUAAAAUACGUUCAAGUCUUAACAAAUUCAGUGUAGGUAUCUAUGAAAAGUGUUUUUUUCAACCCGUAUUUGCGGCUCUCCUUCUCCAUUCUUCACUCGUAAUUUGUUUGAGUGGCUAUUUGAAUACCUCCCAGCUACUUGCUUAAUGUACCCAAUGAAAAAUGUUACAAAACUAAAUUUAAAAUUUAAAAAA